AUGGAAAGCAGAGAGGAGGUGGUGAGGUUGGCGGAGGGAGGUCGGCUUGGCAAGAGCGGUUCGAAUUUGUCGGAUGCCAUAGGGAGCCCCGUGAGAGAACCGCAGGGGAAGCCGAGUCACAGGAGCUGUCUCAGCCCCGCCGCUGCGCCUUACUGCCGGGACAGGACCGAGAUGAUAGUGGAGGAGAGCGCACGGAGAAAUGUGUGCGGCGACGUGAGACCGAUCAGCACGUCUUCCACCGGUAAGAGGCACCGGGCUGAUCAACCCCAUAAGGACGGCAGCAGCUCAGACACGGAGUCGGACUUCUAUGAGGAAAUUGAUGUCAGCUGCACGCCUGAAAGCAUGGACUACCAUACAGCCAAAGGUCGAAAUGGGGAUUCUCCGGGUCACCCAAGUGAGACUGGUGCAGACCCGGGUAAGUCAGUACCGGGUCAAGGCUCUCUGUCCUACGCAGCAGACCAGAUUCGCCGGUAUCGAACUGCAUUCACUCGGGAGCAGAUCGCCCGACUGGAGAAGGAAUUUUACCGGGAGAACUACGUAUCCAGGCCGCGGAGAUGCGAACUUGCGGCUGCAUUAAAUCUACCUGAAACUACCAUCAAAGUGUGGUUUCAGAACCGAAGAAUGAAAGACAAACGCCAGCGUCUAGCCAUGACAUGGCCUCACCCUGCUGACCCGGCCUUUUACACCUAUAUGAUGAGCCACGCAGCGGCCACAGGCAACCUGCCAUAUCCAUUUCCAUCCCACCUGCCGCUUCCUUACUACUCCCCUUUAGGUGUUGGUGCAGGCUCAGCUCCUACCGGCUCCCCCUUCUCGAACCCAUUGCGAUCUCUCGACAGUUUCCGGGUUUUGUCUCAUCCCUACCAGAGACCAGAACUCCUGUGCGCCUUCAGACACCCUUCCAUGUACCCAGGUCCAACUCACGGCCUCGGUCCCGGAGGGAGUCCUUGCGCCUGUCUGGCCUGCCACUCCAGUCAGUCUAAUGGUAUUUCAACUAGGCCCUCUGGCUCGGACUUCACUUGCUCCCCAACAAGCAGGACAGACGCUUUUGUCACUUUUACGCCUUCGGUGCUCAGCAAAUCCUCAUCUGUGACAUUAGACCAGAGGGAAGAAGUGCCUCUGACCAGAUAA